AUGGCGUCCGUAAAGUUUCCGUUUUCCAAAGCGCCUUUGCGCACUAUCAAGGAAAUCCAGUUCGGCCUUCUCUCCCCAGAAGAGAUCAAGAGAAUGAGUGUUGUUCAUGUGGAAUAUCCUGAAACUAUGGAUGAUGCAAGGCAGCGACCCAGAGAAAAAGGAUUAAAUGACCCGCGACUUGGUACCAUUGAUCGAAAUUGGCGUUGUGCGACCUGUGAAGAGGGUAUCAAUGAUUGCCCAGGUCAUUUCGGUCAUAUUGAACUAUCUACACCAGUUUUCCACAUUGGUUUCUUGACUAAGAUCAAGAAGCUCUUGGAGACUGUUUGCCACAAUUGUGGAAAGAUCAAGGCCAACACGAAUGACCAGAAAUACCUAGAUGGUCUCCGCUUUCGCGACCCUAAACGGCGCUUCGACGCGAUUUGGCGAUUAUCAAAGGAUGUUCUUAUAUGUGAAGCUGAUCCUCCUGAAGAAGAUGAACCGUUUGGCAAGGAAAGCGCCAAGAUGCCCAAAGGCCAUGGCGGAUGCGGAAAUGCACAGCCUCAAAUCCGAAAAGAAGGCAUUAGUCUUGUCGGCACGUGGAAGCCCAAUAAGAUGAGGGAUAUAAUGGAUGAUACCGACAUUCAACAACCGGAGAAGAAACAAAUCACGCCUCAGAUGGCUCUGAAUAUAUUCAGGAACAUUUCGGAAGAGGAUGUACGGAUUUUGGGUUUGAGCAAUGAUUAUGCUAGACCAGAGUGGAUGAUUAUUACCGUACUUCCAGUCCCUCCUCCACCGGUUCGCCCCAGUGUUCUUGUGGGUGGAAGUUCUGGCGGGCAGCGAGGCGAAGACCAUUUGACCUAUAAACUGGCUGAAAUCAAAUCAAACCGCCCGGUCAAAGCUAUUCGUGGGCGUCUAAAGGGGAAAGAAGGCCGGUUGAGACAAAACUUGAUGGGCAAACGUGUUGACUUCUCAGCCCGUACCGUUAUCACUGGUGACCCCAACCUAUCUUUAGAUGAGGUUGGAGUUCCGGUCAGCAUUGCACAGACUUUGACAUACCCGGAGGUUGUCACUCCUUACAAUAUCAAUAAGUUAGGUCAGCUUGUCGACAAUGGCCCCGACAUUCACCCUGGAGCGCGUUAUGUGAUCCGUAGCUCUGGAGAACGCAUUGAUCUCCGACAUCACAAAGGUGGUGGCGGCCGGAAUUUCUUGCAAUGGGGUUGGAAGGUUGAGCGUCAUCUCAUGGACGGAGAUGUCAUCUUGUUCAAUCGUCAACCCUCCUUGCAUAAAGAAUCCAUGAUGGCUCACCGUGUUCGAGUUAUGCCAUACUCCACAUUCCGUUUGAAUUUGUCUGUUACAACUCCCUACAACGCUGAUUUUGAUGGUGAUGAAAUGAACUUGCACGUUCCACAAAGUGAAGAAGCCCGUGCAGAGCUUAGCCAGCUCUGUUUGGUUCCCUUGAAUAUCGUCUCGCCGCAAAGAAAUGGGCCGUUAAUGGGUAUUGUUCAGGAUACACUUUGUGGUAUCUACAAAAUUUGCCGCCGUGAUGUCUUUUUGACAAAAGAGCAAGUGAUGAACAUUAUGCUCUGGGUUCCGGAAUGGGAUGGGGUGCUCCCACAACCCGCAAUCUUGAAACCCCGCCCGAGAUGGACUGGCAAACAGAUAAUCAGUAUGGUUCUGCCGUCUGGCCUUAAUCUUCUGCGCGUGGAUCGUGAUCGAGUGCCCUUAUCUGAGAAAUUCUCGCCCUUAACCGAUUCAGGCCUUUUAGUGCAUGGUGGCGAGCUAAUGUACGGAAUGUUUUCUAAAAAGACUGUUGGUGCAACCGGUGGUGGUAUUGUGCACACCAUUUACAACGAGUAUGGCCCAGACGUUUGUAUGAACUUUUUCAAUGGCGCCCAAACUGUGGUCAACUACUGGUUACUGCAUAACGGAUUCAGCAUCGGUAUUGGUGAUACAAUCCCGGAUCUUGCUACUAUUCAAAAGAUCGAGGAAGCCGUUCGCAUUCGGAAAGAAGAAGUCGACUCGAUUACUGCCAGCGCAACAGAGAAUACACUUGAACCACUUCCUGGUAUGAGUGUUCGAGAAACGUUUGAAAGCAAAGUCUCUCGGGCACUCAACAAUGCUCGUGAUGAAGCAGGUACUGAGACUGAAAAGAGCCUGAAAGAUUUGAACAAUGCAGUACAGAUGGCGCGCUCUGGAUCCAAAGGAUCAACAAUCAAUAUUUCCCAGAUGACAGCCGUUGUUGGGCAGCAGUCCGUUGAGGGAAAGCGUAUUCCAUUUGGGUUCAAGUAUCGCACAUUACCCCAUUUCACGAAGGACGAUUACUCCCCAGAAUCCCGUGGGUUCGUAGAGAAUUCUUACCUACGUGGAUUGACACCAACUGAAUUCUUCUUCCACGCUAUGGCUGGUCGAGAGGGUCUCAUUGAUACCGCCGUGAAAACUGCUGAAACUGGUUAUAUCCAGCGAAAACUCGUGAAAGCUUUGGAAGAGGUGAUGGUCAAGUAUGAUGGCACCGUUCGCAAUUCGCUUGGUGAUGUUAUACAGUUCCUGUAUGGAGAAGAUGGCCUGGAUGGCGCAUUCAUCGAGAACCAACGCGUUGAUGUUAUUAAAUGCUCUGAUGAGCAAUUCCGCAAUAGGUUCCGUAUCGAUCUUAUGGAUCCUGAGAAGUCGCUUUCUCCCGAAAUUCUCGAACAAGCUACGGAGAUAACUGGUGACAUAGAAGUGCAACGUUACCUCGACGAAGAAUGGGAGCAAUUGCAAAAGGACAGAGUAUUUUUACGUUCUGCUGCAAAAGAGGACGAAGAAAUGAUGCAAUUGCCAAUCAACGUCCAGCGGAUCUUAGAAUCUGCCAAAACCACCUUUAGAAUUCGUGAGGGAACCAUUAGCGAUCUGCAUCCUGCAGAAGUCAUUCCUCAAGUACAAGCAUUACUUGAGCGUUUGGUUGUUGUCCGUGGGGAUGAUAUUAUAUCAAAGGAAGCGCAAGAGAACGCCACCUUACUUUUCAAGGCUCAACUCCGCUCCAGAUUGGCAUUUAAGCGCCUGGUUGUGGAAUAUUCAUUGAACAAGCUUGCCUUCCAACAUGUGCUCGGCGCUAUCGAAAGUCGAUUCGCGAAAGCGGCAGCCAAUCCAGGUGAAAUGGUCGGCGUAUUGGCAGCGCAAUCUAUUGGAGAGCCUGCAACACAGAUGACAUUGAACACUUUCCAUUUCGCUGGUGUAUCUUCAAAGAACGUUACACUUGGUGUCCCUCGUUUAAAAGAAAUUCUGAACGUUGCCACCAAUAUCAAAACGCCAUCCAUGACUGUUUACCAAGACCCUUCUCGUGCAAUGGACAAAGAGUCCGCCAAACAGCUUCGCAGCAUUGUCGAACAUACAAGCUUAAGAUCGGUGACAGAAGCAACUGAAAUCUACUAUGAUCCUGAUAUUCAGUCAACUGUGAUUGAGAAUGACCUUGACAUGGUUGAGUCUUACUUCAUUAUACCAGAAGAUGUCAUGGACGAUUCAUCCCGUCAGUCGAAAUGGCUACUCCGUAUCAUUUUGAGCCGUCCGAAAUUACUUGACAAAGGACUUACUGUUCAGGAUGUUGCGAUGAAGAUUAAAGAAUCUUAUCCUUCGGACAUUGCGGUUAUCUUCAGUGACAACAACGCUGACGAACAGGUCAUUCGAAUUCGCCAAAUUCAAGACCCCAAACAGGAUGAGGAUGAUGACGAUACUGAAUAUGAUGUAACAUUGAAAAAGCUGGAAUCACAUCUACUUGAUACACUUACUCUUCGUGGUGUAGCAGGAGUUGAACGUGCCUUCAUCAAUGAAAAGUCCCGGGUCCGCCAGGUUGAAGACGGUUCACUUUACAAGAGCGCCGAGGAUCCUCAGUGCAAGGAAUGGGUGCUUGAAACUAGCGGAUCCGCCCUCGGCGAUGUCCUAGCACUUCCAGGAGUCGAUUCUACCCGAACGUAUUCCAAUCAGUUCAUUGAGAUUCUCGAGGUUUUCGGGAUCGAAGCGACACGAACUGCUCUCUUACGAGAACUCACCCAAGUGCUGGCGUUCGACGGUUCAUAUGUCAACCAUCGUCAUCUCGCUCUACUCUGUGAUGUCAUGACUUCGAGAGGAUUCCUCAUGGCUGUCACCAGACACGGUAUCAAUCGCGCGGAUACUGGAGCUUUGAUGAGAUGCUCCUUCGAAGAGACUGUGGAAAUUUUGCUUGAUGCCGCAGCGUUUGCUGAGCUCGAUGACUGCCGGGGCGUUUCCGAGAAUCUUAUCCUAGGCCAAAUGGCACCUGCGGGUACUGGUGAAUUCGAUGUUUACCUUGACCAGACCAUGCUUAUGGGAGUUGUAUCCAAUAAUGCAGGUCUGGUUACUAUGGGUAAUGUGGACAAGGGAUUGAUUUCUGAUGGUGCGGCAACCCAAUACGACAGUGGUUCUCCAAUGCAAGAGAAUAUGUACAUUAGCUCGCCCGAUCCUGAUUCACAGUUCUCUCCGAUCGGACAAACCGGAUCGGAAACUCCAGCGGGAUUCACUGAAUACCAACCACCAGGUUUUGGUGGCUUUAGCCCUGCUGGAGCAAGAAGCCCGGGAGGUGGUUAUUCGCCAACCAGUCCUUUUAACACCAGUCCAACGUCUCCUGGAUAUUCUCCCUCCUCUGGUUACUCCCCAACUUCUCCUGGCAUGGGUAUAACCAGCCCGCGGUUCAUGACUUCUCCGGGAUUCUCUCCAGCAAGCCCUAGCUUCGCCCCUACAUCACCAGCCUAUUCUCCCACUUCCCCCGGCUAUGGACAGGCUCAAUCUCCCACUUCUCCUUCAUAUUCACCUACCUCUCCCGGAUUCUCCCCAACCUCUCCAAGCUACAGUCCUACAUCACCAAGCUUCAGCCCAGCUUCCCCUGCAUUCAGUCCUACCUCACCGAGUUACAGUCCAACUAGCCCUGCGCUUGGUGGAGUUACUGGCAGGCACCUCUCACCAACUUCACCGACAUCUCCGAAAUACACUCCUACCUCACCUGGUUGGUCGCCUACCAGCCCAGACGCUUAUUCACCAACGUCUCCAAACUUCGCUGGUUCUCCGACUUCUCCAGGGUGGUCCUUACUUCCCCCAGGUUACAGCCCAACGUCCCCUACUUACAAUCCAAACAUCUCCGCGCCAGUAAAGUUAACGCUUGGCUUAUCUGACGUUUUGUUCCCAAUAUACCCCUAUCUAUCGACGACCCCAAAGUACCUUUGUACCACCAGUUGCCUUUUUUAUCCCGUACGGGCAUUUAGGCCUAUGUCGCAUGUGUGA